UUCUCUCUCAUUUAUGCUAGCGUCCCGUAUCCGCUCGUAACCCUCCUGCUAGUGAGCAAAGUGCUCGGAAAAUGUGCUCGCAAAAACAAAAUCACAAAUUUUCCUACACACACAGCUUCCCUUGUUUUGCUUUACUCUCUACGUCCCGCUUUACACACACGCGCGCGCAAACGCGUGUUUUCAGGUGUUUUUCUUUUGUAUUUUUUUUCUUCUUCCUCUUCCUGGUAUCCUGGUGGAUGGUGGAAAAUUGUGAAUGUACGAGACGGUGGAAAAACGGUUCGGGGGUUUUUUUUGCAUUACUAGGGGGUUCGUUCAGGUGAAAAAUUUCUAGUAUAACCGGCGCCAUUUUUAUCUGUCUCUUUCUCGCUCUGCUGUUGAAAUUAUUCUUCCUGCCUUAUGCUGUUCCGCGGCCAUCCCGCUCUCGCACACAAAUGCGUCAGAGUUCUAUAUAUGUGUGUGUGCGUUAGUUCUGCUUUAGGGGUGUUUUCUGGUUGCGCUGGAUGCACUUGGCUCUGCCGUGUUUGGCCGUACGGUAACGCACCACGGUACCGCUCAGUAACGAUUUAGUACCCGUUUGCGCGCGUGACACGAACACGGGCAGGAGCAGCACAAAUCUCUCGCCCAGUUGUGUGGUGCACUGUUCGCAAAGAGCGGCAGCCGAGCGAGAGCGUAGUGUGGCGUAGUUUUGUGGGAACCGUCGCCCUGCAUCGGUACUCACCUUACGGCGUGCGUGCCUUAUCGCGUGUCCUCCAGUAGCCGUGCCCCGUGGCUUGCCGAAAAACUGCCAGAGCCGACACUGCCAGUCAGUCCCGGUCCGGUACAUUAUCCGGGCGGUUUUUCCCGUAUGGCCCGCAAUCAACACGCCUCGAUCAAAUACAGCUCAAGCGAAGAAUCAACCACGAAACGUGCGGCUGGGACAGUGAGCCUGUGGAGUGUCUAGGGCGCAGUAGAAAGUGAGAGUGAAAGAAGAAGAAAAAAAUCCCAUUUCCCGUGUGCCAAUGUUACGUUAAGCCGUGUGUAUUCCACCAGUUUUGUGCGUGUGUGUGUGUGUGUGCCGUACCAGUGUUGGUUUUUGGGGGUAGGGGAUAUUUUUCAGCACUAGCACGCAAACACCAGCAAAAACCCACCCAAGGAUGGACAGUUCGCCGGACCUGUCGCUUAAGUUGCGGCGCGGGUCGAGCGAUUCGCGCGAAUCGUUCUACAUGGACUUUGCCCAGGGCAUCGACUCCGACAUCGAGGACGUGGUAACGAUGACGUCCGGUGGGGCUGGCGGUGUACCAUCGCCUUGCUCACUGCCACCCGCGAGCCUGCCGGAAGUGGUGACGGUACAGCCGACUGCCGCGGGCGCCACCAACAACCAGACCGGCAUCAUCCUGGAGGAGGAAGAUCCACUCAUCGAGGAGGAGGAGGAGGAGGAGGAGGUGGAAGAGGAGGAGAAGAUAAGGGAAGAGAUGCGAGAGGUGAUGGCAGUAAAGGAGGACCCAAUAUCAAGGCCGGAUGCCGUGACCAACCUGCCGGAUGAGAGUGGAAUGUACGAGUUGCCACCGAUUUCUUCCUUCCCUUCGCCGCUUCAUACACCCGCCAGUCUGCUCGUACCAUUGCCCGCGCUGGAGAUUGACAUCGAAAGGGAUUCGGGAUUACCACCGCAACCGAUCAUGCCAUCACCUUCGGUACCUCAGAAUGCCAUUGUAUCGCCGGAAACGUUCAGCACACAUACAUCACCGGCACCAUCACUACACCAGCUACCGAUCGGUCGCCCAAUAAGUCCGCCUCAACCACCACCCUGUUACGAGCCCCCACCUCCACCUCCACCAUUGCAUCCUCCAGCGGUGUUAACCACCGGGGCGGACUAUCCUUCGCUAUCCUCCGUGCAGGAACUCGGCACGACCGAUGGUGACGGUUCGCGUAACGGCUCAUCGUUGGGCAUGCAGAGCAAAACACCGACUCAGCACGGUUCCUCCUCCACGUCGUCCUCAGCCGCGUUCCAACCGCGCACACUCCACACACCAACGUCAAGUGCCAAAGCGAUCGGAACGGUACCGAGCGUACCAGCGCCCUUGCACGUACCCUUACCCCUGUCCGGAUCGGGCACGGUAUCCGGCGCGGCCGACUCCGUACACUCCGCACAUCGGCCACCACAUCGUCUGUCGCAGCAGUCGUUAGCGACACCGGCUAGUGGUGCGGCUAGUCAAACCACCACCACCCAUCAGCACCUGUCCGUGCUGUAUCACUCGCACCAUCACCAUCUUCAUCCGAUCCUGACCACGAAUCGGCGCCCAUCGCGACUCCCCGAACCGGUCUACUAUCCGCCACCGCGCGAAGUGAAGCCUGGUGAAGCCCUCGCGACCACACUGUCCGCCCUGUACGGUAAGCUGCUCGUCGUUAUGGGUAUCGCUUUCCCGAUGGCGGAAGUCAUCUCCACCUACAUUCCACCUUCCUUCUACGAGGGCUUCUAUCUAUAUCUGUACAUCGGCAGUAUGGUGUUUCUGCUGUUUAUGUACACGACGCUACUCUGGGGCAAGCCUAAAAUGCCACCUGUGUCACCGGUUAAGAAGCAAACGAUUGCCAGCACGAAGAAGGUGAUGCACCGCACCAGUACCACCUGCUCGACGGACAGUGGCGAACAGUCGGACAGUGAGGAUGAAACGAUUAGCUCCAGCCCGAAGAUACCGGUACAGGCGCGGCGGAUGUCACUGUCGGCUGGUGCUGCCUCACGGCUGCAACACUUCGGCAGCUUCUAUUUGCGAAUGGGCGCGGUCGCGUUCGGUAUCGGUAGCAUGAUCUACUCCGGAUUGGAAUUCGGGCAGUACUUUGAGCUGGAGCGCAACACCAAGUGCCACAACGUGCUGCUCGCACUAACGCCGGCCACCCGUAUGGCCUUCAUCUUCAUACAGAUGUAUUUCAUUUUUCUAAACAACGAGCAAAUCAAGGUGUACCGGCAUAAGAUUGUGGCACGGUUCGGCCUGAUGCAUAUGAUCGGUACCAACCUGUCUGUCUGGUUUUCGGUGUUGAUACAGGAAACGAAGCACGAAAUAUUGACAUUUUACAAUCCAGAAAAUCGUACUCUGCGCAUUUCACACCGUUUGGGUAACAAGAUGAUACCCCAUCCGGUGGAGACGGUAGCACAUUUGCGAGUUGCUCGUGGUUUAAAGGGUCCCCACAAUAUCUUCGAAUGCCGUCGGUCAAACAUAAUCGGUACGCUGGUGCAGGACGCAUCACCAUUCCUGUUCCCCUGCACCAUCGAGUACUCGCUGAUCUGUGCCGCCAUCUUGUAUGUGAUGUGGCGUAGCAUUAGCAGACCGCAGAACGAGCAACCUCAGCGGCAGGAAAGUUUACAUCCGCUCAAGCGUUCGCCCCAUCACUAUUCGGUGGAUUGCGCCGGUGCUCACAAGGGUCUGUUUAUCGGUAUCCUCAUCCUGGUGCUGACGAUCAUCUCGCUCAUCCUGUUCUUCGUGCUGAUAUCCCGGCCCGAGUUUGUUAGUCUCGCAGUAACCGAGGUUAAUAUAUGUGAGCUGACGCUGUACGGUACGACGACGGCAGCUACACUGAUCGGGAUGUUUCAGGUGCGGCACAUGCAGUACGAUGCAUUCCGGAGCUUCAGCCUGGACGACAUUCUGCUGGUCGGUGGACAAACCGGUUCCUUCCUGUACAGCACAUUCACGGUAAUAGGAGGACAUUUUACGAUGCGACGCGAUACGGUGCUGGUGUUGAUUACCGCACUUGCAUCGCUUGUUGAGACCGCCUGUCAGACGAUGUUCAUCCUCGAUGCGAGUCGCCGUUCGGCCGCCACUCAGGAACACAUCCGGAAGAAACCGGGCCGUGAGAUAGUGACCUUUCUCCUGGUGAGCAAUCUAGCGAUGUGGGCAAUCAACACGCUGGAGAAGAGCCGGGCCGAAUCGCACCCGAUACAGCUGCACUUUUACGGACUCUGGGCGUGGACGAUCAUCACGCACGUCUCGAUGCCGCUCGCUAUCUUCUAUCGCUUCCACAGCACGGUGUGUCUGUGCGAGAUCUGGAAGCGGGCGUACAAGAUGAAGCCGGCGUACAUGUAGGGUCGUGCGAGUGCUUGGCCCUGUCCGGCACGCGUGUCGAGGAUAUGUGCCAGGCGUACGGAUGAGCCAGCUGUGGUAGAAACGGUUAGCUGCAGUGCUGCACAACCCGUCACACCGACGUCCGCUAGUGUCCGGCAAGAAGAUCCAGCUGCAAUCGAUCUGAAUGCGUAUCUUCGUGUCUAGAACUCUGUGGCUAUGGAGAUUUCUUUUUAUAUAUGCAUGUACACGCACCUUACUCAACAUGCGAGUUUUAAGGAUGUCCUCCAAGGAAAUAGGAGCAACAAAAAUGGAAAAGCACAACUCUUGAAUCGCACACCAAAGAUUCAUCGGAUCGUCGUACGCUGCUGGUUGAGGAGAUGUUUUGUUUCCAUCUCUAUUUCUUAACGUAUAGCUGGAAACUGUUGGUCAAGUGUCAAGAGAAUGUUUGCAGGAACUGAUGACACCGGAUUGUAUGUGGUGCAACACACAGACAGACCCCACCGACGAUUCUUCCACAUCGUAAGCCAGAGAAGAGAAAAAAAGAAAAUCACAAAAUUUUUGUACUACACCGUACUACACGUGACCUGCGAGUUGUACAUCGCAGAUGCUCGCCAAAGCAUCAAAAAUCAGACCAUAGUUUUUUCUUGGAGCGGAUUGGGGUGAAAAGUGGGUAGUCGAUUUUUUAGAUACAUUUUGUUCACGCCAGGUGUUUUUUGGAAGGGAAUCUUUUUUAUAUACACAUAUAUAUAUAUAAAUAUAUCGAAUCGUAGCAGCUAGCAGUAGGAUAGGGUAUAGUUGAUACCGCUCAACGUAGUACACGAGCGGCAUCCUGUAGCUGUGUGCAGCUGUAUGCAGGUGUAUGGCGAACGUCCAGUAUGUCGGAAACGGUAAGCGUCCAAAUGUAUGUUACUAUCUCAACUCUAUCUCCUGUCGAGCCGGUCUGUAAUAUCCGCGUGCGUAUCGUGUAGAACAGCAGCUAUAUCGCAGAGAUACUAUCAGAACCGUCGCAACCGUCUAUAUAAAUGUCCGGUGCCAAAAAACGCGCAACAUAGCACAACAUUUGUGUUCGUUCGUGUACGCCAAAGUGAAUCAAAACCAAAAAAAGGAACAACAAAACAUAACUCAACUCAGUGUCAAUGCAAAUCAAAACAAAAUGUAACAAUUAAUCAACUAUAGAUAUAGGCUGGAUAAGGAAGAUAACCAGUGGUAAAGCUAUUAUAACUUCCUGCCGAGUAAGCGAGCACUUUUUUGUGUUUUUUUUUAAAGGCGUGAUUUUAGGGCGCAAAACGAAGAAACACUUUUAAUCGUUUAUUUAUAAACGGAAUCGCACCUAGCGCAAAAAGGGCCAGUACUGUGGCGAAAUCAAACAGCGAAUGGUUUUGGGGGGGGAGUUUUUUUUAAUGUUUUUAUUUUUGCGAAAGUGUUUCGGUAGUACCUUGCAUCCUCGUCGUCACCGGGUGAAGUAUUUCCAUUGAUGGACAAACGCAUCGAUUCUUCCCCUUUAACGAAAAAAAAAAACACAAAAACCCCACAUGUGCUCGAUCGAUCGUUAGAUGCGUGGCGUUGGUAAAGGGUAGGAUCUAAGAAUAUCGGAAAUCCCGAUCCCGGUACCGCGAAGUUAGGCUUCAGUUUUUGUUACGCUCUUUUUGUGUGUCCCCCUUUUUUGCCGGGUGGUCUUAUUGUUGUUGUUGGGGACGAACAAAUCACACCGGAAAAAGAAAAACACAACAAACAGGGCGCACACAGGAGACAGAUGUGUCUCUGGUUUGGGAAAAUGCGGAAAUUCUUCUGUGCUGACAUCAUCCCGACAAGCGUUUGUUUUUGGUUCUGUUGUUGGUGGUUGGGGUUUUCGUUGUCACCUACAUUAUUGGUAGAGUUAAGGACAGGUUCCGAUUUCUUUGCUUUUACGAUUUUUUUUCGUUUGUUUUUUUUUUAUUUCGGGGUAGUUAUUCAAGGAAAUAUAGUACCUUUACACCCUGCAUCAUAGCUCUGGGCCGGGAUAUUAUGACUAGUUGUAGACGGAUAAAAAAAAACGCUUAUUUACGUACGUAGAGCAUUCUGAUCCUGAAGGUACAUUCUCUUCCUCAUCUGCAUAGCCAAAAAAAAAAAUCCAGCAAAAUCGCAUACUCUCAUGUACACGCCUCUCCUAUUAACCUCUUUAUAGCUAUUAAUCGUUGUAUAUGCUCCAAACAAAAAAAAAAGAAAACCAUAAUUAGCCGGCAUAUGUUCGUGUUUGAUUUUGUUUGCCAAAACCGUUUCAUUACGGGCGACAAAAAAAGAACCGUAUCUAGCCGUAUUCUCAUUCUCAUGCUAAUCUAAUCUGUCACGCUCACUGUUUUUUGCGAUCGUAUAGGUACCCGACAAACGAAAUUCUGACACACUCAAUCAAACACAACUCCUCCAUUUAGCAAGUAGGUAAGAUUAAGCGUGUAGGAAACGAAGCUGUUAAAGUGUUUUUUAAUUCCGUUUUUGAUUCUUCAAAAAUUUAUUACCUCCCUCUCGCUUUUACGAAGACAAAGAGAAUAAAGAAAAAAAAAACAACCACACAGAAAACAUGCAACAAAUGA